AUGAAAGUAAAAAAAAUUACAGUGAUUGGUGCUGGGGUCAGUGGAUUAGGUGCCAUUAAGAGCUGCCUGGAAGAAGGGCUGGAACCUGUGUGUUUUGAAAAAAUCAAUGACAUUGGAGGACUAUGGAGAUACAAGCACAGCACAGAAAACGGAAACCCUGGGAUAUACAAGUCCUUGACCUGCAACACUUCCAAAGAGAUGACAGCCUUCAGUGACUACCCUUUCCCUGACCACUAUCCCAAUUACCUGCACAAUUCCAAACUGAUGGAGUAUCUCAGAAUGUAUGCAAGCCACUUUCAUCUUAUGGAACGCAUCCAGUUCCUAUCAAAGGUGUGCAGUGUGAAGAGGCACCCUGAUUUUUCAUCCUCUGGCAAGUGGGAUGUUGUGGUAGAAACCGAUGGGGAGCAGAAAACCUAUGCCUUUGAUGGGAUCAUGAUUUGCAGUGGUCAUUACACUGAACAAUAUUUGCCCUUAAGUGAUUUUCCAGGAAUCAAGAAUUUCAGAGGUGACUAUCUCCACACUUGGGCAUACAGGAAUCCAGACAGUUUUUCUGGGAAAAGAGUUGUUGUGGUUGGCAUUGGGAAUUCUGGAGCAGAUGUGGCUGGUGAGAUCAGUGAUGUCGCUGAACAGAUCUUCCUCAGCACAAGGCGAGGUGCAUGGAUAUGGAACCGGGUUUGGGAUAAUGGAAAUCCCAUGGAUAUCACACUGUUCACCUGUUACAAUAGGCUAAUUGAAAAAUUCUUGCCCACAUUCAUGAUCAACAAAUGGUCAGAGGAUAAAUUAAAUGCAAGGUUUAGCCAUGCCAAUUAUGGGCUCCAGCCUAAACACAGAUUUCUAAGCCAUCAGUCUACCUUCAGUGACAAUCUGCCCAAUCACAUCAUUGCUGGAAGAGUGCUGGUGAAACCAAAUGUGAAAGAGUUCACUGAGACCUCCGCCAUCUUUGAGGAUGGUACCGAAGAGAAAGUCGAUGCUGUUAUCUUUGCCACAGGCUACACAUUUUCUUUCCCUUUCUUGGAGAGUGAUCCAGAAAUUCUGGACAGCCAGAAUUCUAGGUUCAAAUUUGUCUUCCCUCCUCAGCUAGAGAAGCCAACACUAGCUUUCAUUGGCAUCCUCCAGCCCAUAGGAGCUACCAUUCCCACGUCAGAACUCCAGAGUCUAUGGGUUGUACGUGUGUUCAAGGGACUGCAAACAUUACCCCCAGUGAGUGACAUGAUAGCUGACAUCACCAGGAAGAGAAAGAAAAUGGAAAAAGAACUCUAGGAAAGUCCACAUGUAGCUCACAGAGUGCCUUACACACAAUAAAUGCACGAAAUUGCCUCUGAAAUAGGAGUGAAGACCGAUCUGGCGCUCUCAGAUUCCAAGCUGGUGAAAGAGGUUUCCUUUGGUCCAUGCAUCCCUAAUAUGCAAGGACCAGGGAAAUGGAAUGGAGCCAGGAAAGCUGUCCUGACCCAGAGAGAGCAGAUCACCAGACCCUUAAAGAUUGAAAUACUCUGUUGCUACCAAACCCCUUCCUCUGUGUUACUUACAAAGUGUUGGUGCUGCUCUUAUUCUUGUUACUUUGAUGGGAUAAUUAUCCGUGAUAAGGCCACAGCAGAGGAAGAGAUCCAAGGGCUUGUGGAGACUGGACUGCUGUACAAGAACUACCACUGCGAUGAAUCCAACGCCAGUUCCUCACCCUGUGACCUAGAUGUGUUUGGUGCAGCUAAUGAGCCCCCUGGCUACCAACCCCCACCUACUGCACUGCCCAAACUGCUCAACUCCCCUGAAAUUCCAGCAGAUUCAGUUGUGUGGUGGUGGCUGCUCUUCAUCCCCAGCGUGAAUCCCCCGGAGGCGAGGAACGAGGACAGAAGGAGAAAGGAGCCCAUCAGGAACCCCGCGGAGAUUUUUCCCUCCCCCUCCAGACCUGCUCCUGGGCCACUGCUUGACUCGUGCAAUGAGUCCACAGGGGCCAAGGUAUCAAAGACGGUUGCUAUGCAUCUGGCCAAGCGCAUGGAUUCCCUCGUUACUAAGGCUGAUCUAGCUCCUGCCACUGCCGGAUGUUCAGAGUGCCAGCAGCAGAGACCAACACCAAGCUCGGGGCACACAGAUGACCUGAUCCACCAGCGUGGGAUCCUGCACAGCGUCGCUGCGGACCAAGAGAGUCUACACAAUCAGCAGUGUGACUCCAGACAAGUUUCCCACUCUCUCAGCCUUGACUCUGCUUCAUCCAUAAAGGAGCGGUAUCAGGACUCUGAAGUUACAAGGAGACUGACACAGACACAAUGUCAUCUGCUCAUUGAUCCCCAGGAGUUCCGCUCUCAGUGGCCCUCUCCCUUCACCUAA